CUCCCUUCCACUAAACCUUGACAGAGAUAUGUCUAAUUUCAUUUCUUCUCUUCUAAUUCACACAAGAAAACUGACACCCCACCUCACUCCCUCUAUACCUCUCAUCUUCUUUUCCAAUCCUCUCAAGCUUCAUGAAUUUCCUCAAUAAUACACCCUCUUUAAUGGCAGUCAUCAAACACAGAAAGCUCUUCCCAUCUGCACCAAUUUCCACAAACCAAACUGAAUGUCCUUACUUUUGCGGCCCCGAUUGCACGUACGAAUGUUACCCUUAUGCCGAUUAUUAUACACCACCACCACCACCAAUUCCGGUUAACGAUCAAAGCAACCAAAACAUCCAUAUCUCACCUUAUGUGGUGCUCUUUGUCUCUUUGCUAGCCAGUUUUUUUCUUCUUAUUGGGUACUAUCUUAUUGUGGUAAAGUCUUGCACAAGUUGGUACAGUCACAGAAGUAAUGGAUCUUCGCCCUCUCAAUCUAGCGGCACGGAUCAAGAGUUACUUGCAGAUCAAGUAGACCAUCCGAUCUGGUUCAUCUCCACAAUUGGUUUACAACAGUCGAUCAUAAAUUCAAUUUCAGUUUGUAAGUACAGGAAAGACGAGGGCUUGAUCGAAGGUACCGAAUGUUCGGUUUGUUUGACUGAGUUUCAAGAAGAUGACACUAUAAGGCUAUUGCCAAAGUGCAAUCAUGCUUUUCACAUUCCUUGUAUAGACACUUGGUUGAGGUCUCACACGAAUUGCCCGCUAUGCCGCGCUAAUAUUGUGAGCGAGACUGUGAUCAGUGCUUCCUCAGACACAAAUGGAGAAUCCCAGAUGGAGAACGCUGAGAGUGAAGGUGAAAUUGGUGCAAAUAAUCAAGUGGGAUAUCAAGAGGAUUUCGAAAACAGAGCUGGGGUGGAUGAUGAAGGAGAAGACCACCAAUUUGAUCAUGAAAAUAUACCAAAACGGGAAAUAAAUUCCAAAGGAAAUUGGAUUCUUGAAAGAAGGUCCAUUUCAAUUAUUUCCUCAUUGGCUCCAAAAAAGUUAGUCAUCAAACUGCAGAAUGCUGAGAAAUUCCAUUCGGACCUUGCUCGAAAGCGUCAUCGUCCGAUUAGGCAAUUUCUACAUAUAAGCCCUGUUUUGAUGAAAAGGUCUUUGAGACGUAAGUGGAGCAAAAUUUCAGUUGUUCCUCUGUAAAUUUUGUUUAAUUGUAUGAGAUGUUUGUACUGUAAUAUAGAGAUUUCUUAUGUGCCUCUCAAUAAGGUGAAGGUGCUUCA